GCCCCUCAAAAUAUGUGGGUUUAAUCUCUGAAAUCCAAAUGAAAAAAAAAAGUGUGUUAAAAAGCAGCGUUUGGGAGUAGAAAAGAUUGUUACCACAAUUGUGUGAAGACAACUGAGAGUGGCUUUAGAAUUGGAAGGCUGCGCCAAGAGAAAGUUAUGGAGAAGAAAGACGAGACCCAACACCAUGAACCAGAGCUAGACCAGGUAGUAAAUCCAUGGCAGGUAUCGGCGAAAGACGGAGGCAAGAUAGAUUACGACAAGCUAAUCGAUCAGUUCGGUUGCCAGCGACUAGACCAGUCACUCAUCGAUCGUGUUCACCGUCUCACCUCUCGCCCUCCCCACGUUUUUCUCCGUCGUGGUGUCUUCUUCGCUCACCGGGACUUCAAUGAUAUUCUUGAUGCGUACGAGAAAGGCCAGAAAUUUUAUCUCUACACUGGACGAGGCCCAUCUUCUGAGGCUCUGCAUUUGGGGCAUCUCAUUCCCUUUAUGUUCACCAAAUACUUGCAAGAUGCCUUUAAGGUGCCGCUGGUCAUACAACUUACCGAUGAUGAGAAAUGUAUGUGGAAAAAUCUCUCUGUAGAGGAAAGUCAGAGACUUGCCCGUGAGAACGCAAAAGACAUAAUUGCUUGUGGCUUUGACAUUUCGAGAACCUUCAUCUUCAGUGAUUUUGAUUAUGUUGGAGGUGCAUUUUACAAAAAUAUGGUGAGGGUGGCUAAAUGUGUCACUUUAAAUAAGGUUACUGGAAUUUUUGGUUUUUCGGGAGAGGAUCAUAUUGGGAAAAUUAGUUUUCCACCAAUCCAGGCUGUGCCAUCGUUUCCCAGUUCAUUUCCACAUCUAUUCCAGGGUAAAGAUAAUCCCCGUUGCUUAAUUCCUUGUGCAAUUGACCAGGAUCCUUAUUUCAGAAUGACAAGGGAUGUUGCUCCUCGCUUAGGAUAUCACAAGCCUGCUCUGAUUGAAUCAUCUUUCUUUCCAGCAUUGCAGGGUGAGACAGGAAAAAUGUCUGCUAGUGAUCCAAAUUCUGCCAUAUAUGUCACUGAUUCUGCAAAGGAUAUUAAGAACAAGGUAAACAAGUAUGCAUUCUCUGGUGGACAAGAUUCUAUAGAGAAACACAGAAAGUUAGGAGCCAAUCUCGAGGUUGAUAUACCCAUCAAGUACCUUGGUUUUUUCCUAGAGGAUGAUGCAGAACUUGAACACAUUAGGACGGAGUAUGGUGCGGGCCGCAUGCUAACUGGUGAGGUGAAGCAACGGCUCAUUCAAGUUUUGUCUGAAAUAGUAGAAAGGCACAGUAAAUCAAGAGCUGCUGUUACAGAUGAGGUAUGCUUCUGCAUCCUCCUGAUCUUAAUUACAACACCAUAUAGUUGCACUUAAACAUAUAUUUUCCAUUCUUUCUCACCUGUUAACAGCAUUUUCAAGAAAUGUGUGUUUAUCCAAGAAAAUGGAAAUCCAUUUCUCAUUUUCAGGGAAGCAUUUGGAUCAUAGAAUUUGCAAUGGAAUCCACCACCCCACCACUUCCCUUAGUAUUAAUACUGAUUUUUUUUUUUCUUUUGACAGAUGGUGGAUGCAUUUAUGGCAGUGAGACCUCUUCCCAAUAUGUUCAACUGAAGUAUGCAUUUAAUAAUGUGCCAGUUACUGCUCGAUUUUUUUCUAAAUAUAACUCAAAGCACAGUUUUGGAACAUUUUCUUUUUGGAGAGUCCCAUUUAUAUAAAUCACAAUUCUAGUUGAACACCAGUUUGCCAUAGUUGAUUAAAAUUUCGACUAUGAAAACGUUAACAUUAUCUCUUUUGAUUUUAAUAUUCUUCCAAUUUCCUUUCCUGAAAA